CCGCGUUUUGUAACUUCAUUAUUUUUUCCGCAGUUUCCAUCCGCUCAACAACACACGCGAUCGUGUAACGCUGUUAAAACGGCAUUAACGCGGUUUCGUUAUGAGCUUAAAUAUAAUGAUGUAAUUUUAACCGUGAGUCAGAAUGUUAACGAGCGGAAUGACGUCCUGUCCUCAGACCUAUUGUGGUAUCGCUUCUCGGCCUUUGGCUAAGAUCAAGUGUAGUAUCUGUUCUUAUCAGACGCUGCAUCUGGUUUUACGAGUUGCGAUCCGCUCCUUGGGGUGGAGAAGGUUAUUGCUUAAUCUGUAGCAAGACCUUUUCACACAAAUAGAGGAGAUAACUUAAAAUUUGAAGUGGUUUGAAAUUUGUUAACUUUUGUGUUUUUUUGACUCUGUGGUGCCUCCGUGAUGUCGGCGCUUCGCGCUGAUGCGAGGAGGCACCACAGUGUGCGAUUUCUCUUCAGGUCGACGGUGGAGAAGAUGUCACGUCUGGAUUUCUCACGGAAGAUGAUCCAACAGCUUCUGGGAUUUAAGCCAGACGAUCUAAAUUGCAUCCUGACCUUGCCUUUCAACAAAGGAUUCGAUGUAAGUUUUCUGACUGAGACACUAUGGAAAGACUUCUGGACAAGACUGGAAAAGGUAAAAAAGGAGUUCGACAUGUUCGAAAUUGUGAAACUGACUGACAAUACUAGAAAAACAGUGAUUGUAAGAAUGUUUAAUGAGAUGGUAAGUGGUGAAGACAUUUGCCUUUGGUUGAGUAGGUUUUGUAAUGUAAGAGGGCAAGCAGUGAAAGUUAGGGACAUUGACGGCAUUUGGAACUGUGCAUGGAGGAUACCAAUCCAACAGUUUGAGGACCCAGAGGGCUUUCAGGGAUUAAAACACCUGCCGCAGGUAAUCGUGUUGGGGGAAAACAGAGGUUACAUACAUUACCAAGGUCAACCAAAAUUAUGCAGACAAUGUGGGGAGCAUGGACAUUUGGUGGAAGCAUGUGAGAAAGCAUUCUGCCGGAAAUGCAGAGAAGUAGGACACACUGUUGAAGAGUGUGAUAAAGGAAGGAAAUGUAACUUGUGUGGAAUGGAAAACCAUUUGUUUAAAGACUGUCCAAAGUCAUUUGCAAACAAAGUUAAGGCGGACAAGGGAAAACAAGAUGACUUAAUUAGGAGGGAAGUGGAGGCACCUGCAGAAGAGCUUGGUGAGUUACUAGAGGAACCAAUGACAGAGGAGGAAAAGGGGGCGGAGCUUGAAAAACAAUUAACUGAAGAACAGGGAGAACAUCAGGGACAGGUGUUACAAAUUACGGAGAAGGAAAAAGAAGAACAGAGACCAGUAAUACAAACUGCUAAAAGACCAGCUGAGGACUCUUUACCUCAAAGUCCCAUUCCAGAGGGAAAAAGAGGAAGGGAUGAUGUGGUAUCAGAUGAAUCUUUGCAGGAAUCUAGAAUCUUUCCAUCAGACUCUCCCAAUGAAACAUCUUUUCUUCCGUUAUUAGGUCAGUCAAGUCCAAAAGAUAAUUCUGAAGAAACCAACACAGUACAAGAGCUGGAGCAAGGGAAAAGGGAACGAUAUAAAGCCAGGGAAGAGGAGAAAGAGGAUAAAGACAGGGUAAAAAAAGGUGAUGGAACAAACAGUAUAAGGUAA